AUGGAUGAUUUACUUACCGCUGCAAUAUGUGAAGCAGGUUUAGAAGAAUUUUUAUUUGCUCCUGAAAAUACUACUGAAAAUAAUGCUGCAACAAAUAAUGUCUCAACAUUAUCACCAGUGGGUAUUGACAAUCAAGCGGGAUUAGUUUUACCAGAAAAGUCAAGCACAGAUAGUGAGAAACAAAAUGUGGAAAGUGCAUGUGCUAUACUUCCAUCAUGUUCUCACACUAGUCCAGGGAAUAAUUCAGUUUUGACAACUUCACAUGUUCAAGAUUCUUCAAAUACUGCUGUUGAAGAUUCUUGUCCAGCACUUACUCGCCAACAGCAACAACAGCAAGUGGAACUUCGAGAAUCAACAGAGUUACCUAGUGAUGUUACCAACGGCAAAAUUAAACGAACAGUUCUUUUACAACGUGGUUAUGCCAGCAUAUAUCCAGAAAAAGUAUUCCGUCUGAGACGUACUGCUGGACCAAUUCAACAACAGCAACAAGAUAAUGUAACGAAAUACUUUGGAACAGUACAACCAGCUAUGAAAACAACAUCUGAAAUGCGGAAAAUCCCAGAAAAUGAUAAUGGUGCUGAAAUUAUUGACGAACCAUCAACCAUGAAUAGUACUACUCCUUCUAGUUUACCUCGACGCGUUAUUAUCAUGCCACGUCGUGUGGAGAACAAUGUCGUAUAUGUACGCGAUCGUCACUGGGCAAUUAUGCCACGACGUCUUCCUUACACACGUACAUUUCUAAGUCGACAAGAAAAUGGGACAUUUGCUCUUCGUGGUAGUCUAGUUCGUCCAUUUUUGAGGUCUUCUAGCUCUUCUGCAUUAUUACAGCGUAAUGCACAAUCUGCUCGCAUCGAGAAGGAUUCAGUAAAUGUGCUAGAAACCGAAUGUCAGUUCCAGUCACUAGCUCCAUUGCAACCAAAUACUGUAUCUGUUCCUUACGGUCAGCCAAGGAUUGUACGAAGUGCAGUAUUACGUCGAACAUCACCGGUAACAAUACAGGGUACUCGUCCUCCGGCCAUAAUCAGAACACCAAGUCGUGCAGUAUCAAAUUUACAGCAAAGCAGAAAUAAUUUGUCUGCUACCGUUGCCAAUAUCAGCUCAGCAUCAUCUGAGACAGCUGUUAACAAUGUUGAUGAAAAGCAACAGCCGGAUAUCAUUAGUAAUAUACGUGUACAAGAGAAUCUAACUAAACCACCGUCUCCAGUGAGAGAUAUUUUACGACGUGUUCGAAUCAACGACCAAAAAUUUAGUGAAGGACGUCAGCGAUCUGUAACCGCAAAUAGUUCAACAUCAAAAGCUGAAGUGCCUGAUAGUUCGUAUAUCAAGGAACGAAAAUUAAUGAACCAAGGAUUUGAACAGAAAGAUAAGAAGGCAUCUGUACGUAAUGAAAUGGAAGCAGCGUUGAAAUCACGGAGCACUCAGAACGAUCAAGAUGUUGAUGAAGAUGAAGAAAAUUUGGGCUACGCAGAGACUUAUUCUGAAUAUCGCCCAGCUAAGCUUCGUUCUGGUUUAUCGCAUCCCGACAGUGUGAUUGAAACUGCUUCUUUGAGUAGCGUUGCGCCUCCUGAUGUACGAUACAAUUUAACAAUUCCAGAAGAGAUUAUUGAUACGGGUGCUAUUUCGGCUGUACAGUUAGAAGCGGUUGUAUAUGCCUGCCAAGCCCACGAAAUGCGUCUUCCUUCAAAUGAACGUGCUGGCUAUUUAAUUGGUGAUGGAGCUGGUGUUGGCAAAGGAAGGACGAUCGCAUGUAUUAUUUUUGAGAAUUAUUUAUUAGGACGUAAGCGUUCAAUUUGGCUCAGCGUUUCAGCUGAUCUGCGCUAUGAUGCUGAGCGAGAUUUGCGAGAUAUCGGUGCAAAAAAUAUUAAGAUUUACGCACUAAACAAAUUUAAAUAUUCCAAAAUUGGUGGAAAAGAAAAUUGUGUCAAGAAGGGGUGCAUUUUUGCAACUUAUUCAUCACUAAUUGGGGAGUGCCGUUCAGCAAAAGGUAAAUAUCGAACAAGACUUAAACAGUUGAUCCAAUGGUUUGGUCAGGAUUACGAUGGAGUUAUCGUUCUGGAUGAGUGCCAUCGCGCUAAGAAUUUAGUGCCAACAUCAGGUUCUAAACCUACAAAAACAGGUCGAAGUGUUAUGGAACUGCAGAAAGCACUGCCUAAUGCUCGAAUAGUGUAUGCAUCAGCAACUGGUGCUACAGAACCUCGAAAUAUGGCCUAUAUGACUCGUAUAGGACUUUGGGGUCAGGGACAGGCUUUUCAUGAAUUCAGCGAUUUCAUCAAUGCUGUAGAAAAACGGGGUGUUGGAGCUAUGGAAAUUGUUGCUAUGGACAUGAAGCAGAGAGGUCUUUAUCUCGCUCGACAGCUUUCAUUCCGUGGUGUGAGUUUCCGAAUUGAAGAAGUGCCAUUGACGGCUGAGUUUGUCGAAGUUUAUGAUGCUUCUGUCAAGUUGUGGCUCGAAUGUCGAAGACAGUUUCAGGCUGCACUUUCUCAUCACUGUGUUAGUCGCUCGCAAGUAAAGUUGAUUUGGGGACAGUUUUGGGCAGCACAUCAGCGGUUUUUUAAAUACCUUUGCAUUGGUGCAAAAGUGAAAACAUGCAUAAAAAUCGCGCGCGAUGCAAUUAAGGCGAAUAAGUGCAUUGUAAUUGGUCUCCAAACAACUGGAGAAUCCAAAACUUUGGAAGCUCUUGAUGAUGCUGGUGGUGAAUUGACUGAAUUCGUGUCAACGGCAAAAGCAGUGUUGGCGAGACUUAUAGAGAAACAUUUUCCAACAGAAAACACGAAUUCUUCGUCAGAUGUGUAUGCUGAUUUCGACAAAAUUUGCAACGAAUUAGAUCGUUCAGCCAAACGCAAAAUUCAUCGAGUGAAUUCAAAAAAUAUGACAAUUUUUGGUGUGCCCAUAAAACGUAUGAAACGCGAUUCAGAUGUCGAAAAGAGUGACAAGGAGGAGUCUGAUGAAUCAAAUUGUUCCGAAUCGUCAGAAGGAGAAAAUAGUUCAGACUCCACUGAAGAUGAAGAACAGUCAUCAAAAUCAAAUGGUGCAAUUCAAGGAGACGAGGAAACGUGGUUAAAAAGGUUGUUGGAUGAAGCAAAAAGUUCGGAAGACGAAGAAGAUGAAAAAAGUUGCAGCAAUGAAAAAGAAAAAAGUGAUGAGGAAUUCAAUCCUUUCACUUGUGAUUUUACAAGAGAAGAUCCAUGGGCAGAUAAACAACAAAUAAUAUCUGAUUCUCCAAAAAAGAAGAAGGUUAAAAAAAAGAAAAAGCUGAAAAAGGAGCAAAAGAAUCGGGGAUCAUCAUUCUGCAAGAGAAUUGAUUCUACAGCAAUGGUAGGAAGAUAUAUAUUCAAUAAUAAUAAUAAUAGUAAUAUUUCGUCUCAGCAAAGUACUGCCGAUGUGUUCAUUUCUUCCUCACGCUUGGUAGAUGAUGAUGAUAUUGCAAUUGGUGAGACGUCAUUAAUCAAAGCAGAAUUGUUAGCUGCUGUAGAACGUUUAAGUCCUCGACUGCCACCUAAUACACUUGAUCAAUUGAUUGAUGAAUUAGGUGGUCCUGAUUAUGUGGCUGAGAUGACUGGUCGAAAAGGUCGUGUAGUGUGUCGGGAAGAUGGAGACGUUGAGUAUGAGCUUCGUCAUGCUGGAGCUGAUGUGCCUCUUGAACUGAUGAAUAUGGAUGAAAAAGAUAAAUUUAUGAAGGGCGAUAAGUUGGUCGCAAUAAUUUCCGAGGCGGCCUCUUCUGGCAUUUCACUUCAGGCAACAUUUUUUUCAUUCUCAUCACUUUCCAUUUACUGCACUUCGGACAGAAGGGCUGCAAAUCGUCGGCGUCGUGUUCACAUCACAUUAGAAUUACCUUGGUCUGCUGACAAAGCUAUUCAACAGUUUGGUCGCACUCACCGUUCUAAUCAAGUUAGUGCGCCAGAGUACAUAUUUCUGAUCUCCGAACUUGCUGGUGAAAAAAGAUUUGCAUCAGUUGUCGCUAAACGACUUGAAUCUCUUGGUGCAUUAACUCAUGGUGAUCGUCGAGCAACAGAGUCUCGUGAUCUCAGUCAGUUUAAUUUGGACACAAGAUAUGGUCGAACUGCUUUGGAUGUACUUUUGCGAACAAUAACUGGUGUGUUCAAUCCACCGCUUAUACCACCACCAAAAGAUUAUAAACCUGGGAACUUCAUUACUGAUAUGCAAUGUUAUAUGGAAGGAGUUGGUUUAUUAUCGUUGGACAAUGGCAUUUAUGUGAUUGAAAAAGAAUCUGCAACUAUACCAAAGUUUCUCAAUCGCCUGCUUGGUUUGCCGGUACAUGCACAAAAUGCUCUUUUCCAGUACUUUUCGGAUAUUGUCACUGAAUUAGUUAAUCAGGCCAAGCAUGAUGGAACUUAUGAUAUGGGUAUUAUGGAUCUUGGAAUGGGUGGGGAUGAAGCUCGUAAAUUGGAAACUCGCAUUUUUGUCGGUCGUUAUGAAAGUGGGUGUUUCCGUGUAGAAAUUCAUAAAAUUGGAGUGGAGCGUGGUGUGAGUUGGGAGGAUGCUUAUGCUAUUUGGAAAGAUCAUCAUGAAGAUGAGGAUGGCUUUUAUUUGGCAACAGUUGGUACUGAUGGAAAAAGAGCUGCGGCUCUUGUGUAUGGCAUAGGUAAAAAGCGUUUGGAUACAGGUGCAAGGUUGUAUUGCAUCACUCGUCCAAGCACAGGUCGAAGUGCGAGAUUGGUGACUAUGGAUGAACUGAUGAAACGCUUUCGUUCUGCUACUGUUGAGGAAACUGAAGAAAUUUGGAAAGAUCAGUUUGAAGGUUCGAAUAGAGUUUGCCAUCACAAUUAUUUUCACGGUCGUUGUCGAAAUGAAACAUCAGGUGUGUAUUGUGAGACUGGACGGCGUACGCGAACUUACUUUGUUCUUUCUGGAUCCGUACUUUCAGUCUGGCCGAUUGUUGAGGAAGUAUUAUCUAGUGGAAUGUCUCCUCGAGACAUCAAACGCUCACAGCGUAUGCAGAUAAUUCGGGUUAGAACAUCUCAAGAUCACAAGAUUGUUGGUUUGUUAGUUUUACCGCAGUACGUACGGACAUUGGUGGCACGUUUAGAAAAGCAUUGUGGUGGAUACCAUGUGGAAUCUAGAUAA